AACCGGCUCAUUUGGCUCCAUUCACGUAAAAGAGCCGGCUCAUUUGGCUCCAAGACGGCGUGGACCAGAUUGACGCGUUCUCCCCAUUAUUUAUUGUUUUUGCAGUGAGGAUUCACUCUCUUUAGAUACUUAUUUUGUAACUUAUCCGCAGAAAAACGUUGUUUUGAGGUCAAAAAGCAGUAUGCAAAUCAGGGAGCCAAAUGUACGGCUCUUUCACCGAUUCCAUUAUGUUCGCGACGUUCACCAAAAAGAUACAUUCAAAAAAGAGCCGUUUGUUCGCGAAUGACAGAUCACUAGGACCGACGUAGCUCUGUCUGUUUUGGUUGAGUCACCAGAUCUGACCAUGCCUUACUGACAGACUAGAGGCAGAAAACAAACGUGAAUCACACAAAAAUAACAGAUCGUUUAUGCGACAACCUAAGGAAUAAGUCGAGUAUUUUUGUGCUUACAAGUAUUAAGAUCUUACAUCGGUUUGGCGGUGUAGCUAGCUAACACCAAUCGUCGAAAAUGAUGAAGGAAGAAGAAAUUGAUAGGUUCCAAGUACCCCCAGUUACGGAGACGCAGCCCUUGCAGGACCCAGCAGCAUCCUCCACCUCCGAGGCCGACUCCGAUACUAGAGAAGGGGAAACGGUGGCCAUGAACUACAAGCCCUCCCCACUGCAAGUGAAAAUAGAGAAACAGAGAGAGCUGGCCAGGAAGGUAUCAGUAAAAAAUGGCACCGUGGGUAGCCCCGUCAACCAGCAACCCAAGAAGAACAACGUCAUGGCCAGAACACGGUUGGUGGUGCCAAACAAAGGCUACUCCUCUUUAGACCAGACCAGCCCAGAUGAGAAGCCCCUGGUAGCGCUGGAUACAGACAGUGAUGAUGACUUUGACAUGUCCAGAUACUCUUCGUCUGGAUACUCCUCAGCCGAGGUGAGAUGUCUGAGGGACCAGCAGAUCAACCAGGACCUCAACAUCCAGCUUCUGAAGGACGGUUACCGGCUAGACGAGAUCCCUGACGACGAGGAUCUGGAUCUGAUCCCUCCCAAAUCAGUCAACCCCACCUGCAUGUGCUGCCAAGCCACCUCCUCCUCAGCCUGCCACAUCCAGUAGCCCCCCCCCCCCAUGACAGAUGCCCCUGCCACCAGGGCAGCAACAAGGAAGAGGAGGAGUUUAAAUGAUUGUGGGGACGGGACAGAAGAAUAGGUGUAUUGGAAUUAGUGUGGAUUUGAAAAGGGUGAAAAUGCAGAACAAAUUUACUGAGAGUAACUGGUUCCUCCUAUGGUAGGACAUGUGCAUACGUUUGUCUGUUACGUUAUAGGGUCUUUAUGUCUGAGUAGUAUUCAGAAGCAGCUCUCCCUUGUCUCAUCUUGGAAUAUUACAUGGAUGGCAAUGGAAAGGUCUCAAAUGCUGAACUUGUGUGAGAUGGCAGUGUUUCGAAGAUGGUCACUUGAGGAUUAUGUCGUCUUAAACUUUUUUUUGACCUCCUGAAAGUCUUUGUUGCUGUUACUGUAUGGAGGGAUCAACAGGGAAUGUACUGUGAGCGUGGAAAAAGGACAAACAUUUGAUUGAAGAGCUGUCUGAGUGUGUAACGUGUCUAAAAUCAAAUAUCAAACCUUUUAGAAUAUUUAAGGAGAUACGGCAACGAACACAGAGGAAUCCCAAAUAUUUAUUUUAUGUUCUCAAAGCAGGCAUCUCACAAGUUAAAAUGCAAAGUGAGUUUUGAGUUGAGUGGAUUUGCAGCAGUCUGACUUCUCACUCCUCUAUCUUUUCUGAUCAUAUUUUCUCUCUCUUCCUGUUGUCGUGAUACGUGUUUCACAUGAUGAUAUUUUAAUUCUCAUACAAAGACGACAGAAUAACAAUUCCUAUUUAAAACUUUGAUAUAUGACUUGAGAACAGCUUUGCAUGUUGCUCACUGUGCCACUUAGAUAAACUUUGACAAACUGAAGUAUGGUCAAGGUAAGACGGCACAAACAGAUCUGGGACCAGUCUACUGCGACUUCACCCUAGCGCCAAUUAGAUCUGGUCAUUUUCUUGUGCAGUACUUAACUUAGAGAAAAGAUAUGGGAUUCAAAGGUCACAAAGCCUGGUUCCAGAUCUGUUUGUGCUGUCUUGCACAUUGUUUGGCAUGACAAUGACCAUAGGAGCUGGCAAGAUGGUACAAACUGAUCUGGGACCAGGCUUGGUCCGAUACUGUAUGGUGAAGCCAAUGUGUAUUUAGUGCCAUUCUACUACUGUCCACAUGAAAAUGAUAACUUAUUUUAGUGGAUAUUUCUGUAACACUAAAUGGUUUGUUACCCCUCAAUAUAAUUGUAUAUUGGGUCAUCCUGCUUAUACGUAUACUAUUUGUUGAUUUCACUAUGCUGUCUUCACUUGUCUAUUGUACUUCUUAUCUUUUUAUUUUGUCGUGUAAAUUGCUUUGAACUGUUAUAUGAAAGCACAUUUCCCAAUAUGCUCCAUAGGAUUAAUGUGCUAACAACCAUGUGCUAACCAUUACUGUACCUGCCAUACUAUAGUACCAUUUCCUAGUCCUGGCACCCAGUGGUUGUGGGUACUGUAGUUUAACUGUGCCAAAAGGCCAUUUAAAAAAACAAUGUAUUUGUAUAAUAGUGUCCAAAAAAAAACACUUUCAUGGGCAUAACAGCCAUAAUUUAACAUGAGAUGGUGUUAAAAUAUUGUAUGAAUAUACCAGUUGAAAUGGAGAAUGUGUCCUUCUGAAUUCCUGAGCAGGGAUAUUACCAGUACACGAAUGAUAGUGGUUGGGCAAAAUGUCCGCCUGUACACACAGCAGCCCAUGUCCUCCUAUAGUGCUUCCAGAAGUAGGCUGUAGCGCCACAUUGUGCUUCUCUCACUGCCACUGACACAGUCUGUGCAAUCACACAGGCACAGUAGACAUGGCACACACACACAGAAUGCACUAUGGAACGCUUCAAAUUGGAAAUUGCUCCUCAUGUCUAAUGAUCCAAGACUGUGUAUAGCGCACUAUAUGUAAAGCAAGGGAUGGAUGAGGUAAAUAUGUUAUUUACUGUAUUUCUUUGGGUGCUUGGUUAUCCAGUGCAUUCCACUGUAGUGCAAUGAAUGAUAUGAGGGAUUGACUCCAGUUUGAAUACACACAAAUCAUGCACAAACGGGUCAAUCCAAAAUAAUGACAAUACCUGCUGUUUUAGGAUGGUGCGAAACAGGGAGCACUGUGUUCAGUAGGCAAGAAGUGGAAAAAUGCUUUGUCUAUAUUCAAGGAUGCAUCAUCCAAAUAGCAAUGGAAAUGUAUCCCUGCUUUGUCUGAGCGCUAAGCAUUAGCUUCCCCUGUCAUUGUGAUCACAAGUUCACACUCUCUGAUCACUCACUCACUCUCACCCCAGAGUUGUCUAAAGUAGAGUAUGCCUUAAGUAAUGCAUUGUAUUGGAAGAUAUUUAUUGCCUGUUUAUUUGUUUUAAUUUAUUUGGGGGGGGGUCUACAUUUUAACAUAGACCGAGGGCAGCACUUACAGCUAUGAAACUGCACUGAAAUUCUACAGUACUCAUAAUAUUGUGAGUUUAGUGCCAUUUUGCGGAUGUUAAAUAUUGCCCAUAGGCUUUUUUGGGGGGUAUCAUUCAGACACUCAUUGUGAUUUUAAUGAAGAUGUGAACAAUUAAAGUUUCUGUAUGUAACAAUGUUA